CAUAACCAGUUUUCUUUAGUUUCGCGUCCUAAUAUGAUCUCCUGUAGUCAGUUGAGACUUUAAUUUUGUAAUAUCAAAAGGAAUCAAAUAUUUAAUGGUCUGCUACAGCUUAAUUUUUAUUAAUAAUGUUGUAUUGUGUUCUCCGAUUAAUUUUGAAAAGAAUCAAAUUCUGUAAAUUGAGAUAACUUGAUGUAAAUAGUUGACAAUACAUCGGUUUCGCAAGUAGGUAGAGGUGUUUUAUUUGUGUACAUUGUGUAAAAUAUCGACGGGAUUUGUUGAUUUAUGCGGUGUUCUUGGUGUUUUUAGACGAAAAUCGUGUUGUUAGUGUUUUAGAGAGAUGUGUAUUGUGUACUGCUCAAUGCUGCAGUGUAAAUUGGUGUUGUGUCAGCUAUUUGUUUGUCGUUCGAGUCGUGUGAGUGAGCUAUGCUGACUCCUCGUCACAUCUGCGACGUUGAUACUCGGCCGGCGAGUCGGAGUCAACAGAAGUGUAGCGUCGCCCACCAUGUUCCGACCGGAGUCGCCACUCGCUGACCAUCGCAGCUUGUUGCCUCGUCGGCUCCUUCCGGUUAAAGCACAAAUAGCACCAGCGGACAAAAGAAAGAAUAGACGCUCCCUCGAGCUAAAUCCUCCAAAUGACCACGUUACAUACGACUACCCGAAACUUCUCAUAUCAAAGACAACAGACUCCCUCAAUACAGAAUGUCCUCGCAAGCUAAUUCACAAGCAGGACUCCGCUGAUAGCUUAAAACGAGCACUUUUAUCCAAAGAUGACAACAAAAAUAAAGAGGCAGACAAAAAAGGCCACAUCACUAAAAAUGAUUCGAGUGAGAGUCUUAAAAAGGCGUUAUUGUGUAGACAAGAGUCUAAUGAAAGCGCGAAGAGAAGAGAUUCUGAUCCUAAAAAGGCCUCUAAUCAAGAUGUAAAAAGAGUUGGUUCGGAGGUGAAGAGAGGUAGCGAUAAGAAAGGAUUAUUGGAGACUGAUGCAGAUGAACCUUGUAAAAGGAUAUAUGAGAGGCGAACGGGUUGCACUCGACCCACAUUACCUCCUGUUGCGGAAAAAGGGGUGGUAUCUCCUAAUUCUCCUAAUGGUAGCCCGAGUACGCCUAGUGUAGCUGCCGUGGCUGAGGGUCUGGUGAGAUGGGGCAGUGGUCUAUUAUCGCCUAAAGAGGAGCCGAGACUCAGAGCAGCCAGAAGUUGGUACGGCUAUGGGACGCUACCAACAGACAGUGACAAGAUGGGAGCGGGCGCGAAUGGGCCAGGCGGUCGUAGAGCCCUAGAGCUGAUCCUGAGCGGUGGACUCAAGUCGCUAGCGAGGCCUACCAAGCCGGUACGAAGAGCCGCUUCAAGGGACUCCGUACUGUCGCAACCACAGCCAUUGUUAGAAGGCCUCAGGAAGUGUUCCACGGUACUCGCGUUGACUGACCGCGAGAAGACUUCUGAGCCUAUUAGGCCCCACAACCGCCUCCGGGCACCUUCCGUCUGCUCCCGAUGCUCAUCGCUGCUGUCCUUGGCCGGCGCUGGUGGUUCCAGGUACUCCCUGGACGGCGCCGGUGGAGGCUUCGUGCCAGCAGCACCCAUCAACUGCAAGCUGUGUCUAGAAGAUGCUACGGCCGAUAAAGUGACCGUCAUCGCUGCAUGCGGCUGCAUGUUCUGUACCAAGUGUAUGAAAACGUAUGUGGAGCUGGAAGUCUGCCAGGGGGCGUACGAGGUGUCCUGCCCCGAUGGCAGGUGCAGGACAGGGGCUGCGCUGGGCCUCGACGAGAUCUCAGCGCUGGUGGAGCCAUCGGUCAUGGAGAAACACCGCAAGUUUAGACUGAACCAUG